UUGUGAAGUCAAACGUGGAAUAACCGGAAGCGUGCGUUCCAGGACCUGUGUGUCUCUGUGCAGCAGGCAGCUGUAUCCCAUUGGUCACAUUACUCUUACCAAAUCUACAUUAUGGCUGAGUAUGCCAGGGUAAAAUCCACUAAAUUGGUGUUGAAGGGAGUGAAAAAGAGUAAGAAAAAGAACAAAGAUAAGAAAAGAAAGCGAGAGGAGUCUGAAGAGGACAAGCUGGAUAUUGUUGGAAACUGGUGGACUGUCAAAAACUUUGGUGAAAUUUCAGGAACAGUUGCUAUCGAAAUGGACAAAGGAGCUUACAUUCAUGCUUUAGACACUGGUCUCUUCACAAUUGGAGCACCACACAACGGUGAUGAAGGACCUUCUCCACCAGAGCAGUUUACUGCAAUCAAGUUGUCUGAUACCAGGAUUGCACUGAAAUCUGGUUAUGGGAAGUAUAUUGGUAUAAAUUCAGAUGGCCUUGUUAUUGGGCGUGCUGACGCCAUUGGAGCAAGAGAACAGUGGGAACCUGUGUUUCAAAAUGGUAAAAUGGCUCUGCUUGCUUCCAAUAGCAGUUUUAUCAGUUGCAAUGAAGAAGGGGAUUUAGCAGCACAGAAUAGAACUGCUGGAGAAGGAGAAAUGAUAAAGAUCCGUUCUUGUGCAGAAAGAGAAGCAAAAACAAAAGACGACAUCCCCAUAGAAGAUAAGGGAAACGUUAAGCAGUGUGAAAUCAAUUACAUAAAGAAAUUCCAAAGCUUUCAGGAUCGUAAACUAAAAGUGAGCCAGGAAGAUUCCAAGGACCUCAAAAAAGCCAGAAAAGAAGGAACUUUUCAUGAGAGUCUUCUAGACAGACGAUCGAAACUCAAAGCUGAUCGAUACUGUAAAUAAAAAUAAUUUGCUUGCAAAGAGCGAGAAAAUCUGCUUCUGUUUAAGUGAACCAUCCUGUUAGAAUGUACAGUAUAUAUGUUACAGGUUUUGC